AUGAAGUACAUAUUGGCUAUCCAAGACGUAUUCAGCAGAUAUUGUAUUUUGAUACCAACAAGAGAUUGUAAAGCGGAGACUGCUGCACAAGUAUUUCGAGUGAGGUGGGUGUGCCAGUUUGGAAUUCCUCUCAUGGUACAAUCAGAUAGAGGUACACAUUUCAAGGCAUUGGUUUUCCAAGAGACUUGUAAAGCUUUAGGGAUUCAACACAUAUUGAGUUCAGCAAAUCACCCACAAUCUCACGGCCAGGUUGAGCGUCAGAAUCAGUUGGUGAAUAAAAUUCGUUUUGUAAUAGAGGAGGAGCCAUAUUCUUGGCCUAGAGCAGUUGCAGCUUCACGACGUCCAGAGACACUGUUACCUAGACAGCUAUCACUAUCAGGAAGAUUGUCAGACGAGGAUUGGGAAAAUGAAGAGACACACAAAGAAAUGGCUAGGAGGCGAGUGGUAAAUACGAUUCAGAAAAUGGACAAAAUAUUUAGAAGUGUAAGAAGGCGGAUUGCACAGUGUCAAGAAAAACGGAAGGUACGAGCUAUUCAACGAGGUGUUCCAUAUGAAGUGGGCCAAGUGGUACGAAGAAAGUUGUCACCAGCUGAAAGGAGAUUAGGGAAACUUGCACCAUACAAGAGUUCUAGAUAUGUGAUAAUCGAAAAACAAGGAGACACAUAUUGGUGUCGUAAAAUUGACGGGACAAACCCACGAACCAUUCAAAGGCAUUACAACAACUUAGAACUAGCUCAGGCAGGAACAUUAUCGUGGGAAAAGAACAUCAUGGAUCAGAAGAGGACGGACAGUGAAUUGGAUACAGAAGAUGACUUUUGUGGACCGGUAUCACAAGACCAGAGAGAGCAGCCUGAAGAAUAUAGAAGACGGUAUCCAAUGAGACAAAGAAAUUGUGUGAGAUAUCUCACACCAUACCCAUACGCUAACAGAUAUGAAGAGGUCGAAAAUCGGUACACGGAUGAGGACGACGAAGAUUUUUAA